GAAUAGACCUCUAAAUAAGAAAAACGAAAUUAUCAUUAUUAUUAUUAAGGUGAGAAUUUCGCUUAAUGCAUUUUGGUUAACAAACAAUAGAUAGAUAGAUAGAGAUGCCAAUCACAAACACAAUUAUGACGUCGUCAUAGUACUGGGUCAAAGCAUAUGAACACACACACACACACUACACGUACGCACAUACGCAUACAGACAACCAGGAACACUGUGAGAUAGGCUCACAUCACAUAUUAUUAUUUCUGUUCACUUAGAAGGCAUAACAGACAUCACAUUUGAGAUAGUAUAUAUAAAUAUAUAUAUAACCACCAUUCACAUAUUGACAGUAUCACUUUUCAGUGAUUAUAGAGAAAUACUUUUUCCAAAUCAGCUGUAAUUAUUUAUUUAUUUUUGUAAUUGCAAUUGGAUUUCUCGUCAAUUGUCUUUUUAAUUUGUCAAAAAUCAAGAUACUACUUAUUUAUUCACUUGUAUCAUUGAAAACAUUGGGAAAUUUAUCAAAUAACAAACGAACUACUACCCUUUUACCCUCACAUACACACACACACACCCACAAAUACUCACAGGCAGAGAUAUGCUCAUGGAUGAGUUUAAACCUCAGAUACAAGAACAGCAGCAACAACAUCAACAACAAGCCCUGCUUUAUCAUACCUCAUUGCCAUCGAUCAAUUCUACAGAUUUAGGAAUACCUUCAAUGAAUAAUAACACCACGUCUAUGGAUCAUACUGAUAUGAAAAGCGUUGAUCAUAAUAAUAAUAAUAAUAGUAAUAAUACCAGCAAUAAUAAUAAUAACAGUAUUAUAAGUGGAAGUGUUGAUUCACUGUAUACCAAGGAGAAAUUAUUGUCCAAUACCUCGACAAGAAUACAAUCCCCAUGUUAUCAGAAUGCUUCAAGCGUACCCUCCUCCUAUUCAACGACAUCAUCUUCAUCAUCGAAUAUUAGUCCUCAUAUUAUUCAUAAUAACAGUAAUAAUAAUUCACCAGCUUUAGACCAAUGGUCUGCAACUCUGCUGGCUGCACAAGCUCUUGUAAGAACAAAGAAGGUGUUUAUCGGUGGUGUAUCCACGGGGACUACUGCAGAUGAAUUGAAAAGUUUUUUCAGUGAAUUUGGUAAAGUGGAAACGUGUGAAUUAAUGAUGGAUAAGGCUACAAGUCGACAUCGAGGUUUCGGAUUUGUUACCUUUGAAAAUGAACAAGCAGCAGAAAAGGUGUGCUCAAUACACUAUCAUGAAUUAAAUGGUAAAAUGGUUGAAGCUAAAAGAGCUUUGCCUAAAGAAGUACUCAGUUCAAGCAACGCUUUGGUUAAACAACAAAGUUUACUACCAAAUGCAUUCGCUCUGUCCAGUGAAGUCGACUCAGCAGCUACAGCUGCGGCGACAAUUGCUGCAGCCGCUCUUGCCUCACGACAACAACACCAACAGCAUCAUCAACAACAACAGCAACAACAGCAUUAUCAAAAUUUAAGUCAUAAUUUAAAUAAUUCUGGAUCUGCAUUUGUCUCACUUGCUUAUGCCUCAUUGAUGCCAUUUAGUCAUCUACAACCGUAUCCUUUAUCAGCGAACAGUUUUGUUGGAAAUCAUCCUCUGAACACAUCGAAUUUAACAAUCGAAAACUCAGGAAUCCAUCCUCAAAGUAUUAAUCAUUCAGGUCCUAUUGACUUCCCAUCUGCUGCUGUAUUACAGAAUGGUCAUUCCACACCAUUGAUCAGAUUUCCACAAAUCGGUAUCCAAUCAGAUGUAAACCUUCAACCCUCUUGUCCAUUAAGUUUUGCUUAUAAUCCGCAAACAGGUUAUUUGAAUUCUACAGGUUCGUUAACACCAACCGGUAAUUAUCUGACAUCUACUAUUCCGAAUGUAUUAAGCCUUGCUCAACCUGGAGCAAUUCAAACGCUGAUACCUAAUUUAACUUAUAAUAUUUUAACAACACUUCACGAUCAACAAAAUCAACAGACAAGACUGCAUCAAGCUCAACAGACAGUUGGUCAACAGUCUACAACACAACAACCAAGUCCAGCAAUACCAACAAUUCCACUGGAUGUAGAAACUUUGAAACAACAAAUUCAACUACAAAAUUGGCCUAAUACUACACCUUAUUCCUUGUUAACAUUGAAUCAAAAGGCUUUUAGUCAAAUCCACUCACCCACAACUAAUAAUAGUCUACUUACCCUCAAUCAAAAUCAACAAAAAAUUCCCAGUGUACAAUCAACUGAUACACCGAUUAUUGGUCUAACGGACACAUCGCCUACAAUGUGGUUAUUACCUGCAAAAAUUCCACGGUGAAAGCGGCAUAGGAAAAACAUCAGUGCAACGAUACUGGAUGGGUGUUCGUCAUCGAAUUCGAAGCCAUUGACAACUCCCUCCCCCCGCGAAAUAGUAGUCUGUUCAUUAGUGGCUAACUACGGUAUGGAUAACUCAAGAUUCUAGUGACAAAUUGUGAGCAGUUGGGUUGACUAAUUCAAGUUAAGUGUGAGAACAGAUACUAGUCAGUGACACUGAAUAAUCACCAAGGCGAUAUAAUCUUUUCCAGAACUGAUAUGUCAUUGGCUAGCUUCACAACUUGAAUGCCCUGGAUUCGAGUCCUGAUAUGAUCAUGGGUGAGUUAUACUGAAGGCUCCUAAACUAGAUUUUAAGGAUUCUUCAAUUAGUUUCAGUUUAUGAUCUAAUCACCUACCAUUCACAAUUUUCUAUUUUGCAAUUUAAUUUAAUCUAUCCUCCUUUUGUUUUUGUUUUUUUAAUUCUUCAGAGUUCAUUAAACAUACGUAAAUUAAACAUUUUACAAAACCAUAAACAAUACAGUUACUCAGUUCCCUACCUAACUAGCCUAUCUAUCCACUUAUCUACCUACCUACUCAUCAACCUAUACGUGAUCUACUUUUAAACUAUAAUCAAUCAAUCAACCGAUCGAUCAAUCAAUCAAUCAGUCUCUCAUUUGUAUUUAACAUAAUCACACUUUUUCUCUGUGUAUUGUGAUAUAUAUAUAUACAUAUGCAUAUACAUAUACAUAUACAUAUAUUCUUUCUAUCAAUUCAACUGUGAAUUUCUUUUCCUGACCACUUACUUUCUUGAUUGAUAUCUACUUCUUCUUCUUUCUUAUUUUUUUUUUUGUGAUUUGAUCAUAAUUAAAUUCACAAAUGAGAAGUUCAGGUCGACAGACACUUCUGUGAAAAGCUUCUCAAGUGUGGUCCAUUUCUGAAAUUACGACUGUUUCGAUUGUCGUUUGUAUUUCUGACUACAACAAUAACAUGAACAACUACUACUACUACGACUGAAGACAACGGAGCAGCGUAAAAACCAAAACAAAAUAUGGAAAUUUCUUUUCAUGUGUUCUUUUUUUUCUCUAUUGUCACCAUCAUCACCACCACCACCACGAUCAUCACUAUUUUGAACAAUGUACAACUGCUCAAUGUAUUUGGUUUAUCUUCAAAUGUAUAAAACAAACAGUACAUAUAUAAUAAUAAUCAUGUUUUGAAAUCCAUAGUUCUCACCGCGUGUUUUCCCCCAACCUUAAACUUGUCUCAUGAAGCAUCAGCCAAAUAUCUUUUCGAUCUAAAA